UUCGGUUUGUAGACGUGUUGUGUUGUUCUAUGGCGUCUCCCACAUUUCCCCCUGCAAAAGAUGCCUCUACGGACCCAUCACCGUCGUCCGUACCGCAGGCACCAAAGUCAUCGUACACGUCUGCCCUUUCUCCUCUGACCAGCGCUUUCAGCCGCUUUUCACAAUGGCGGAAGUCAUUUGAUCUCCCGAACCCGGGCACAGUCGAGAAUUUGCAGAAGGAAGUCAAGUCGACUCAUCUGACGAACUUUAUGUUCGAUGGUGCCAGGGCUGAUCUCACGAAGAGUUUGUCAAUGAACCCGGCAUUUCAAGUCACACACUCUUUCAUUCUCGGGUCGCAAGUCUCAACACCAUCAUAUAACUUUGGUGCUGUCUUCGCCAACAAUGACAUGUUCCUCCAAGGCAGCGUUGACCAUGAGGGUAAUGUGAGCGCACGUAUGAAUCAAGGGUGGGCCGAAAACUCCAUCACGAAGAUUCAGACGCAGAUUUCAUCACAAGCUGGCCAUAGCAUGAUCCAACUGGAGCACGAUUACCAGGGUCAAGAUUACUCCUUGAACGCGAAAGCUGUCAAUCCGUGGCCUGCAGAUCUCACGGGCAUAUACAUCGGAAGUUACUUCCAGUCUGUGACAAAAAACCUUGCAUUGGGCGUGGAGACGCUUUACCAACGGCCAACUCCUGAUAUGUCCGACUUCACGACGUCAUAUCUAGCCAAGAUCACCAGCGAUGACAAGAAUUGGAUUGCAACUGCACAAGUUCAACCAUCCGGUAUUCUACAGGCUACAUACUGGCAGAAGCUCCACGAGAAAGUGGAGGUCGCAGCAGAUCUUCAGCUUAUGGCCUCUCCUCAGCGAAGAGAUGCUAUUGCAACUCUCGGUGCAAAAUACGACCUCCGGAUGUCGACGUUCAGAGCACAGUUGGACUCAACAGGCAAAGUUUCUGCUCUGCUUGAACAACGCUUUGCUCCAACCUUUGCGUUCCUUGUGGCGGGUGAAAUUGAUCACUUCAAGAACGCUGCCAAGGUUGGUGUCGGUGUGAUGAUUGAGAGCUCUACUUUGACCCCGGAAGAGAUGGGUAUGCCCCCUCAACAUUGAAUUAAUUAUACUUAGACACGUACUUUCGGAUUCUAUUAUUGGCAUACAUCUCUUCUCAGGAUCUCUGCAGUACCAGUGUGGUUGUCAACUAGCCCAGCAGCACCCCCACCUUUGCAGAACAUCUGGUUUGACGAGAGUACACUACGUAGCACUUAUAGAGUGCACCAAUCUGAAUGCGUACAAAAAUAUGGUGUGCUA